AUGGCGCCCAUGUUAAAAUCUAUUCCCCGGGAACAGAGAACGACAAAAGAACACAAGACAGAGAUUGAUGCGCGCUCGGGCACGUUCCAGGCGUUUGAGACCUUUGGUCAGCAGCUGCUCCAGAACCAUCACUACGCCAGCGAGGAUGUGAGAGUCAGGCUAGAGGAAAUGGCGCAGGAUAGAGAGGAACUUGAGCAGGCAUGGAUCCAGCGCCGUAUGAAGCUAGACCAGUGCCUGGAGCUGCAGCUGUUCUACCGUGACUGUGAGCAGGCUGAGUUCUGGAUGUCGACCCGCGAGGCGUUCCUGUCUGGGGACCAGGUGGAUGGAGACAACGUCGAGACUCUCAUCAAGAAACAAGAGGACUUUGACCGCGCCAUUGAUGGACAGCAAGAGAAGAUUCAGGCCCUACAAGUGUUUGCAGACCAGCUGAUUGGUGGUGAACACUACGACGCUGAUGCCAUCGAGGAUAAACGUGACCAGGUCCUAGUUAGAUGGAAGAACAUAAAGGAUGCGGUGAUUGACAACCGGUCCAAGCUGGGAGUGGCCCAGACGCUGCAGCAGUUCUCUCGGGACGCUGACGAGAUGGAAAACUGGCUGCAGGAGAAGCUGCAGAUUGCCAGCGACGAGUCCUAUAAGGACUCCUCCAAUAUACAGAGCAAGCACCAGAAGCACCAAGGUUUCGCGGCUGAACUUGCGGCCAACGCUGACAGACUGAAGGCCCUGAUGGCCACUGGACAAGCCCUUAUAGACAAGCACAAGUGCGCAGGCUCAGAGCCGGCGGUGCAGGCGCGACUGAAGAGCCUGGCUGAGCAGUGGGAGACGCUGGUGGAGAAGUCAGCAGAGAAGAGCGAGAAACUGAAAGAGGCCAGCAGGCAGCAGACGUACAACGCAGGGGUCAAGGACAUUGAGUUCUGGCUUGGAGAGGUUGAGCAGAUGCUGACUAGUGAGGAGUACGGCAAGGACCUGGCCUCGGUACAGAACCUGGCUAAGAAGCACCAGCUCCUGGAGGCUGACAUAGCGGCCCACGAGGACCGCAUCAGGGACCUCAACCAGCAGGCCGACCAGUUCAUCGAGAGCGGCGUGUGGGACGCAGAGAGCAUUGAGGUCCGCAAGAGAACCAUCAACGAGAGAUACGAGAAGAUCAAGGAGCUUGCCAUCACGAGAAAGACUCGUCUCAAUGAGGCCAACACCAUGCACCAGUUCCUGAGAGACAUUGAUGAUGAGGAGGCGUGGAUCAAUUUAGAUGCCCUGCUAGUGUCUGGGGAGAAGAAGCUGCUGGUUGGUUCUGAGGAUUAUGGGAAGGAUUUGACAGGUGUGCAAAAUCUUCGUAAGAAACACCGACGUCUUGAGGCUGAGCUGGCCAGCCACGAACCUGCCAUACAGGCGGUGCAGGAGACGGGAGCUAAGCUGAUCAGUGAGUCUGACAUCAACACGGCCGACAUACAGAACAGGCUGGAGCAGCUGGCCCAGAGUUGGGAAGAACUCAAGAACAUGGCCGAGAACAGAGGACAGAUGCUGGAGGAGUCUCAUGCGUUCCAGCAGUUCUCAGCCAAUGUAGAUGAGGAGGAGGCGUGGAUAGCAGAGAAACAGAGGCUGUUGUCUGGUGGAAACCUCGGGGACACCAUGGCUGCAGUCCAGGGUCUGCUGAAGAAGCAUGAAGUAUUUGAGACGGACUUCCACGUACACAGGGAUCGUUGUCAGGAGGUGCAGAAGGAGGGAGAGAAGCUCAUGCAUGAGGGCAACCACAACCGUGAGAGCAUCGCCCAGCGUAUCAAGGGCCUGCAGGACAAGUUAUCUUCCCUUGAAGAGGCAGCUGCUCUCCGGAAGGCAGGGCUCAUAGACAACUCCGCCUUGCAGUUCAUCUGGAAGACGGACGUGGUGGAGAGGUGGAUAGCUGACAAGGAGACGCAGGUCCGGUCUGACGAGUAUGGGCGAGACCUGUCCUCUGUACAGACACUGCUCACUAAACAGAUGAGACAAGCAGCUUCACUGACAGGGUACCUUAUGGUGAAGAAGGACACUUUCGAUGCCGGCCUUCAAGCUUUCGAGAAGGAGGGCAUACAGACCAUAACAAUCUUGAAGGACCAGCUUAUUGCUUCCAAGCAUGCCAAGACUGCGUCCAUUAAGAAGAGAUAUGACGAUGUCAUGAGCAGAUGGAAAAAACUGUUGGACGACUCUGACCAGAGGAAGCAGACGUUGCUACGGUUACAGGACCAGUACCGCCAGAUUGAGGAUCUCUACCUGGCUUUCGCUAAGAAGGCCUCGGCCUUCAACUCCUGGUUUGAGAACGCUGAGGAGGACUUGACUGACCCAGUGAGAUGUAACUCGGUAGAGGAAAUCAGGCAUCUGCGUGAGAACCACGAGCAGUUCAAGGCGUCUCUGGAGGCGGCACAGGAUGACUUCAACCAGCUGGCGGCCCUUGACAAGGAGAUCAAGAGCUUCAACGUGGGCCCCAACCUGUACACCUGGUUCACCAUGGACGCACUGCAGGACACGUGGAACAACCUCCAGAAGAUCAUCAAGGAGCGUGAUGUGGACCUGCAGAGUUAGCAACAGAGGCAGGAGGAGAAUGAUCAGCUGAGGAAGCAGUUUGCACAGGCUGCCAACGCCUUCCAUGGCUGGCUCACGGACACCAGGAUGUGGCUGUUAGACGGAGGGUCGGCCAUGAUGGAAGGUUCUGGUACACUGGAAGAUCAGCUAGAGGCUACCAAGAAAAAGGCGGUGGAGGUACGCUCCCAGAAGGGUCAGCUGAAGAGAAUAGAGGACCUGGGGACAGCCAUGGAGGAGAGACUCAUCCUGGACAACAGGUACACCGAACACAGCACAGUGGGUCUAGCCCAACAGUGGGACCAGCUAGACCAGUUGGGUAUGCGCAUGCAGCACAACCUUGACCAGCAGAUCCAGGCGCGCAACCGCAGUGGAGUGUCUGAGGACGCCCUUAGAGAGUUCUCCAUGAUGUUCAAGCAUUUUGACAAGGACAAGUCUGGCAAGCUGGACCAUCAGGAGUUCAAGUCCUGUCUGCGUGCCCUUGGAUGCGACCUGCCCGUUGUGGAGGAGGGUCAAGUUGAUCCCGAGUUCCAGGCCAUACUGGACAUGGUGGAUCCCAACAGGGAUGGCCACGUGUCUCUCCAGGAGUACAUGGCGUUCAUGAUCAGCCGUGAGACAGAGAACGUGCAGUCGAGCUCAGAGGUGGAGCAGGCGUUCAGGGCCCUCACCUCUAGAGACAAGCCGUACAUCACCUCCCAGGAGCUCUAUGCCAACCUGACCAGGGAGCAGGCAGACUACUGCAUACAGCGUAUGAAACCUUUCAUAGACCGCACUGGACGCACCAUACCAGACGCGUACGACUACGCAGAUUUUACUGCAAAUAUGUUUGUGAACUAGCAAACAUUGUGUCACAAAAAAUGACUUUGUAAUAGGUUUAGGCAUUGUGUUCUCAUUUUAUUCACGAUUAAAUGUUUAUACUCUGUUUUGUGGUAUGUAACCAUUGCUUUUUGUGAGUGUAGCAAAUGCUGUAUCUAGUAGCAUAUGGUGUAUUGGCAUAAAUUUAUGAACUAAUUCAAUUUAUUUUUAUUUUUCUCUUCCAGCUUCAAUGUAUUUGCUUUAUCAAGUGAAAACAAGGAGAAUUUCAUAUAUUCAUUUUAUUACUUCACUUUUUAUACUAGUAAAUAUAUAUACACCUGACAGAUGUAUUUUUCAUGAAUAACUAGAAAAAGAAAUAUCAAAUCAAUUAGCUUUUUUAAUUUAUGAUUAAUAGGCAUGUUCAGUGAGCAAACAAAUUAUGGUAAACAAACAUAUAAUAUUUCUUGUAUUGGUUUUUAUGUUUAAAUAUCAUGUAAACAAUAAAGAACAAGUUGAAAGAUCUUAAUAAACUUUUGUCUGAAAA